GACCACUUGAGCCUCGAUCAUCCUCUCCUCUUCUUUUCUCUCUUUCAUAUCUCCUACCUGUACGCCGCAAAGGGACUAGUAGGCAUAUAGUUGAGGUGCUAUCCUUCGACCUUUGCGGUCUUAUCAUCAUGUCAAGGCCCACGCCUACCGCAGAUACGGUUGGUUCUGAGAAAGCUAAUCAAGGCAGCACUUCCGUCAUGAAAUCAACUGCUGUGAAACGACACCAGCGCGUUCCUUAUGCACGAAGAGCCGACCCUUAUCCAGAUCCAUCAAGCAUGGCGACAUUCGAACGAGCAUCGUCUACAGUCUUGAAAACUCUUUCCUCGCCACAGAAACAGUUCAACAAGUGGAUUGCAGCUGACAUCGAGAGCUCGGUGCAGACCGCAGAGAAUCACCUCGUUGUUCUCGAUGACCCUCUUCAAGCAUUGACAUUACAAUCGCAACUCUCACUUAGCACAAACACCACAAUCGAUGCGCCUGCGCCGGCUGAGAUCGGCACCUCUUUUGGAGCCUGCCAAACUACCAGCCAUGGUCAUCACUCACUUCCAAAUUCGCACCUUUCCGUCCGAUUCGCUCGCAAAUUGAAUUACGAGAACAAUUCUGGUCCACACGUUGUCAACAAGAAGCUCUGUUCCCGCUAUAGCUCCACCGGUUCUUGCCCAUCCGGCUCUCAGUGCUACGGCAUCCACGAUGACAACAAGCUCUCUCUUUGUCCUUCUGUCCUUCUCCGUAAAGAAUGCUCCUCCGGAGAACACUGCGACCUCAGCCACGUCGUUACUCCAGAAAGAUCCCCAACGUGCUUGUUCCAUCUCAGAGGAAGGUGUACUCGCCCUGACUGUCCCUACAGCCAUGCGAAUGUUGACUCUAACGCGGCUGUAUGCGCCGGUUUUGCUUAUACUGGCUAUUGUGAUCAAGGAAUGAGCUGCGCAAGCAGACAUCUGCGUGAAUGUCCCGAUUAUGCUAAGACGGGAGAUUGCCACAAGAGUCGAUGUCGCUUGCCUCACGUGGACCGAGCGAGCCAAAAGAGACAGAUGACAUCGUCGUCGGAAUCCGACAUGUCGACAGCGGUGACCGUCGUUGGUUCACCCGAGGACGGCAAACGCAAUGAUGAAUGGGUUCCCGCAGUAUCAGAUGCUGCUGAAUGCACGGACUUUGUGAGUUCCCGAGGAGACUUUAGCCAACAGCAGGACUACAUUUCACUGUAGGGUCUUUAUCUGCCCAAGCCGUGCUGACAUGCGAAUCGGAACACGAUGUUUUCGAGUGAAGCCAUCCAACUGUGCGAGCAUAUCGAGGAGGUGACGGGAACAACGGUGCUGAACCACCCAGGAUGAGAGACAAGGGCGGUCGGUACGGCGACGGUCUGUCGAAACAUAGGUCCUUCUUUGAUUCGAGAAGAUAGAUAGUACGAGCACAUGCUCCCCCUUCGCUUAGCUAGAAUCAAAUGCAAAGUCCCAAUGGUUCAUUC